CACAAUAGAGGACGGACAUAUACACAGAAUAUGCAUAGGAAUGGGCCGAGGUCGGAAAUGGAGAACUUGCAGAGCGUUCACAUGGAUUUGGGACCUAGGAGACAAUUUUGCAUUGCAAUAGCUUUCUGUCGAGGCUCAGAUCUCCAGGAACGUUUCACCUUAGCGUAAGUCGUGGAGCUCUUUGUGGGAGGCAGCUGCCAAAAUUUUGAUUUAAAAUAGCUGCAUCAGACGCAGAAAAGCUCCUGCUGUCUUGUUGUUUAUUUUGAUGGACGUUGGGAAAGUUGUGAAAAUAUAAGUUUAAGGCCAUUUUAAGGAGAAAAGAUCUUUCAGGAUACUGCUGAAUUUGUAUCUAAGGAAGAGGUAUUUCCAAAUCUAGAGAAAGGAAAUAGCCGCAACUUAUGGUGAAAUUUUGCUGAAAAGAAGAAAACAAAGAAGUAUAUUUACAGGGGGUUUCUGUUUUGAUUGAGGGUAGGGUUUGAAAAAUGGGUCUGGAGGUGGCAAACUGUUUGCAUCGGCCUCCUCUGCAGACAUCUAUUCCAUCUGCAAGUAGUUCGCAAUUGGAUCAUAAGAAAAGGGUUCCAUCUUCUUUGAAGGGAGGUGCUGCUUUUGGUGUGAAUCCACUUCCCGGAAUUCAGAGCUCCUUCCUGUCCACUGGAAGGCGAGGAGGACCAAGAUUCAACAGAACACGCUCCUUUGAAGACUCUAAGAGGCCAGAAAACAGACUGAGGAGGGCUUGCAGUGCAAGGUUAGGAGACACCAACAAUGACGACAUUAAUUCUGAUGAUGAGUACUUGCAAAGGCUGCGAGAAUUGGCCUUGCAAUGCCAUUUGGAUGAUGAAAUUGAGGAAGAAGGUGGGGCUGCAGUAUUGCACCCUGCCACAGAUCAUAGUGAAGAAGGUUUUGUAGAAUUUAGCAGUAGAAGCUUUGGAGGAGAAAGCAGCAGUUUUAGAAAUGAAACCAAUCCUAGAUUUGGGGGCAAUUCUAAUUCUAGAUUUGCACAUUCCAGACCUUUUCCUUCUGUUAAGCUUGACACCAAUUUUAGCUGGCCUGAGCCAGAUUGGAAUGCAGAGAGCAUGAAAGUGAAUAGAAUUUCUCCUGUAAGUCUGGAAAAGAAGGCUGAUGGUGUUGGAUUGCCUCUAUCCUUGCGGAUUUUGAAGCGAAAGCAGAACAAAGAGAGGGGUAUUGAUUUAAAACCAGGUGGAGAGGGUUUUAGGGACAGCUUGAAGGAAGUAGGGGAGAGUGCUUGCUGUUCGGUCAGGAAGGCUUUUUCUUCAAUGGUUUUUAUGAUCCGGGAGCUUCAGAAUUAUACUCUCCAGAUGAGACAAAUCCUCUGUUAUGGUGAUUUGCAGGAGCUUGUGAGUAGUGUGCAGAAAGAAAUGCAUGCUACCUUUGUUUGGCUCUUUCAACAGGUUUUCUCAUGCACCCCUACUCUUAUGGUUUCAGUGAUGAUUCUGCUUGCAAAUUUUACAGUUUAUUCAAUGGGCAACAAUGUAGCUUUAGCCACUGUUCCACCCUCUGUUGGAUCCCCAGUCGUCAUGGUAUCGAUUAUGGAGGACAUGAAUGGCACAAAAGCAGCACUUUCUGAUAACUUUGGUGGAGAGAAUCCAUCUAGCACUCAGAUGCCCUCAUCAUCUUCUCAUUUUGGAGAUUUAUCAGCCGAAUCACAGAGGCUUAUGGAUAUGGGAGAUGGGGCUGGUGGUAGUGGUGGAAGAAAUUCAGCAAUAGCAGGGGGGAUGGAUGGUGGGGACGCACAUUUUGAUGGUGCAUCUCAAAACAGGGCAAUGUUUUCAGAAGACAAAUCACUGAACCGUGGUGUAUCUUCGAUUGGCAAUCCGUCAUCACAUGGUAGCAGAGUUGAGGACUCUGCUCCUGUGGCAGACCAUGUUGCCAAGGAGGUAAAACAAUGGGAGGCAUUCUUGAAGGAAGCUUCUGAGGAGCUCGAAUCUGGGACCGAGGAAGAAGCUAUUGAUCAUGAAACCAUGCAGAGACUUGUCGCCCCCUUUACUGUGCAGCUUGAGCCUGAUAAUUAUGCAUGUUAUGAUCAAACAAAUUUGCACUACCAAAAUGCCAUCAGUGCUGAUCCUGAAAAUGCUCUUCUGCUUUCAAACUACGCACAAUUUCUCCAUCUUGUGACUCAGGAUUAUGACAGAGCCGAAGAGUAUUUUCAGAAAGCUGUGAAAUUUGAUGCUUCUGAUGCUGAAGUCAUCAGCCGCUAUGCACACUUUCUGUGGUUGGCUCGGGGUGACCUUACUGCCGCUGAAGAAGCUUUUUUAGAUGCUAUUGCAGCAGAUCCUGGGAAUCCUUUUCAUGCUGGUAGCUAUGCACACUUCCUCUGGAAUACUGGGGGUGAAGACACAUGUUACCCCAUCUCUUGAGGACAAUUUUAUCAUAUUUCGGUCUGCUAUAUCAUGUUGUAGAAGUGGCUGUGGGAUCAAAUGAUACCUAUCCUUUGGAUGAUUCUACUGGGUAUUGAAAAUUACUGCGAAAUCUCACAUGAUUUCAGUAUUGGUCCAUACUGAAAUAUUUUUGCAAGUAAGGCAGAGAAGACAGAUUCAUAUUCCUCAUAAACAAAAUGAGGUGUCUAACAGGCUGUAACAAAUUAAUGCGAAAGUCUGUUUGCAUGAAUUGUAAGAAAGAUCAAAGAGUUUGAUCUACAGACCAAAGAUUCCUGGUUGUCAGGCGGAUCAGUUUCAACCAAGGAAACAUGAAAUAUGACUCUCUGCUACUGUAAUGAGUGUAAUUACAUGUUGAUAUAAAUGAAUUCUUUCUUA